AGUUAAUCAUUAAAUAACAUUUAGUUAAACUUGAACUUUUUGUCUGCGAGUGGAUGAAUCUGACCAGUUUCAACACUGAUGUGUCUUCUUUGAGCCUAAACGUACGUUAAGAGAGGCCCUAGAAUCAUCCAGACUUUCCGCGCCUACAUAACAGGUAAACAUCACAUGUCGCUCUAAUGCUUUGUUUAGAGCCGCCACACCGCUCACGUGGCGAUUUUUGCGCCUCAUGCGCGCUCUCCAACUUCCCCAACUUAUAAAUACGGGCGGAAUACGGUGUGCGCUCUUAGUGCGAAGCUGACCUCCCUAGCGACAGUAAUUAGUUGAAGCUGAACAGUUCCCAGUGCCGCGUAUUUCAACAUGUUGAUUUUGAGUGUUAGCAGCGACGAUUCCCGUCGCCAUUCCGGUAAUUUGUCUCCAUUAACGCCCUCCCCAAGAAGCGAAAUGAGGGGCAUCCGACUCUUCCGAGCCAUUAGCAGAAAGUUGGGGCGCCGAUCCCAUCAGGGCUUCCGCAGUACGGAUGAAAGUAGAUCCUCCAGUUCGGAUAGUUCGUGUUCGACCUCAAUGGGUCACACUUCGAGGAUAGAGGACAAAGACCGAUCAGUGUCGCCUAAUAGCAGUUCCAGCGACUCUGGUAGCGACGUUCAAACGCUGCGCUCUCGACAUCAUCACUCCACAUCGGCGGAAAGCCUGAAGCGAGUGUUCCAGAACCUGAACCUGUACAGUCGCUCGCAGAGCUGCACCAACAGCAAGGAGCUGAAGAAGAAGAAGGAGAAAAAGGUGCCGAAGAGCAUCCUGAGACACCCGACCAGUUACACGUAUGCGAAGGGGCUCAGCGGCCUGCCAACGCAACGAAUCCCCAGAACAAGAGGCUACAGCGCCUGCAGCUGCAGCAUGCACUACCUGAGCAACCUCAACCGAUAGAUCAACCCCCCAUUGCAGCCGCCCCUCAUUGCAAUAAUUCCAUGAUUUUGUCCCCAUUCACCUGCUCAUUCCCCACAUGUUCUGAGGACUUAUGAUUAAUCUCUAGGCGAUCAAAGACUGUCUAAGUUAAGAACGUUCAACUGACUGAAGUACGUUGUAAGCUCUCUAUCAUCACUAACUGUAGGUUUUAUAACUUGUUACACCCCUCUAGGCCUAAGAGCUACAAGUCACUGGCCUUUAAUGCGUUUGUCCUUUGAUUCUGGUGCCUUGUAGACAAAACUUGUUAAUAGAAACAGCCAAAUGUGA